AUGCCCAUUACUGUUAGCCUAUACAGUAAGAGUCUCCAUGCGAGAAGAUUGGUAAAUGCCUGAACUUGGGUUUUAUGUCAGACUUCCUGGUGCAGUGUAAUUCCUCAUCACACUGCCUUGGCUGGAGCCCUUACCUUUGCCCUUAAUGCGAGUUUCUCAGCUCAACGAACCCCCACAUCCCAUAAUUUCUCUAGCAUCAUCUGCUAUAAACUGUCCCUGGGCCAGCAAGUGAAACUGGAUGUGAGCAGCCUUUGUUCUUCUGAUUUUAAUGUUCUUCCUCCCAUAGUGAUGGAUGAAUUGGCUCUCUCCUCUGGAAAGGACCUCACUGACCGCUGUUCUGAUCGUCUUCUGGAACCAUCAGCACAUCCAGAUUCAUCAUUGAUCGAUCAUUCGUCUCCCAAGAUCAACCCUCCCUGUCGUUUUUUCUUGGAAGGACGCUGCCAUUUUGGUGCCCGCUGCCAAAACCACCAUCCUGGUGAUGCUGGAGAUGUUCGUCAUUUAGAUGAUCCUGGACCUGUCCAUGAUCCUUCCUUGCAGCUCACAGAAGGGAAGAAACCUCCCAUGAAAACAGCAGAGGAUGUCAUUUCCCGACUCCUCUGGGAUACACAGGUACCUGCUGAAGAGUUCUGUAUUGGCUACCUUGACCGGUUCUUGGGCAUCUUGGAGGAAUCUUUUACUUCUUUCUCAUGGGAGGAUCUAGCCUCUGUUGGUCCUGGCGUACUGGCUAUCCCUAAACAUAGGAUCCAGUAUUUUAAAUACAGAGACCGUGUGGUUUGGGACAAAGUCAGUCGCACAGACGAUGUUUUUGGGUCCACAGGAAGUGGAAAAACCAUCUUAGAAGUGAUGGAGGAAGAAGACACGCGGGCCAUGAAGGAAGCGUCUGGUCUUCCAAAUAGACUCCAAGCUGAACAAGAAGAGGCUGAUGGUCAUUCAGCCAAGGAGAAAGAGCUGAACAGGACAGCUAGUGGACAGGAGUCCGUGAUGGAUAAUUUGGAGUUGGUUGGAGACACAUUCACCAACCAAGGAGGAAACGUGGUGAGCAAAGACAAGGAAAGAGAGGCAGUCAGCUCAGUUAAAAGGGAAGAAUUCAAACAUGCUUGCGCUGUCAAAAUAGAACACGAACCAGUGAUGGUGAAAACAGAAAACGUGGAUUUGGAAAGCAGGGCAGGGAGGCGCUUCUCUUAUCCCAAGGAGCGCCCCACCCAUUUCAUAGCUAUCCCGAUCACCAGCCCAGAGAUCCGGGAAGCUGUGAAACAUUUCCAAGAGGCCUUAUGUGCCGUCAGCUCAGACUUCACUCCCUUCUGUGUGCCCAGAGCGACACUGCACAUCACACUCUGCCUGCUGCACUUGGACACCCCUGAAGAAAUCCACAAAGCUAUCAUGGCUCUCGAAGAACUGCAGGCUGACUUCCAGCGACUGCUGCCCCCAGCCUUGCUUCUCACCUUCCGGAACUUGGAGUCUUUUAAUUCACGGGUCCUUUACUUGGCCCCAGUCCCUGUACCCCAGCUGGGGGUCCUGGCUCAAGGUUUGGAAGACGCCUUCGCUGAGAAGGGCCUGACUGUGAUUAGUCCUCCAGCCAAAGGGAAGUUCCACUUGACUGUUGCGAAGAUUCCUCCGAGGAAAUCAAUGCCACAGCUGCCAUCAGGUUUGACUUGGGCUCCUACAGUAGAGGAUCUAGGCAUCCAGGCAGUAGAGGCCAUAUGUCUGUAUGAGGUAGGAAAAGGCAAAAGAACUGAUAAUUUGUAUGUCAGCAUACUGAAAUUGGAUUUAUAUGGAGGACGUGGAAUAUAAGCAAACUUCUCCUCUUUAGAAAA